AUGCAAUCGUCAACAAAGGCCUUGCACAAGGCAAUUCCUCCUGUCUCUCACAUGCUCAGCAUUGCUGAAAUGGAGUUUUACGCGAUGCAGAGCCUAAGUCCUAAGGCAAUCUCAUACUACGCAUCCGCAACCGACGAUGAGAUCACCAAAGCAUCCAACGGAGCCAUUUACCGGUCCAUUCUUCUGCGGCCUCGCGUCUUUGUUGACUGCAUCGAGGUCUCGCUGUCCACCACCAUUCUCGGUAAUAAGGUUGGUCUUCCCAUCUUUGUCGCACCCGCCGCAAUGGCUCGGUUGGCCCACCCCUCUGGCGAGGCGGGCAUUGCCACCGCCUGCGCUGGCUUUAAUGCACUCCAGAUCAUCAGCAAGAACGCGUCCUUGUCGCCUCGUGACAUUGUGCGUGCGGGGAGCCCGGGCGCUGUGUUUGCAUGGCAGCUCUAUGUGCUGAAGGACAUCGUAGCCACGGAGAGGACACUGGCGCAGAUCCGUGCAAUCCCGGAGAUCAAGUUCAUUGUGCUGACCCUCGAUGCACCGUUCCCGGGUAAACGAGAGGCAGACGAGCGGUUCAAAAUGGCGGAAGUAGCAGGCGGAGCGGCUCCGCAGGUCUGGGGUACGGAGGCCGGCCUGACAUGGCAAAAAACUCUGGCAUGGCUGGUGACGCAAACUCAGCUGCCGAUUAUGCUCAAAGGCGUGCAGACGCAUGAGGAUGCGUAUGCCGCAACACUGUUCCCUGCGGUUAAGGGCAUCAUCUUGUCAAACCAUGGUGGGCGAGCACUUGACACGACACCGCCUCCAAUGCAGGUGUUGCUAGAGAUCAGGAGGUUCUGUCCGGAGAUUCUUGAGAAACUUGACGUGCUCGUUGAUGGGGGAGUCAAGCGAGGAACAGACGUUGUCAAAGCCCUUGCUCUCGGGGCAAAAGGGGUGGGCAUCGGCAGAGCUGCACUCUAUGGCCUUGCAAUCGAAGGCGAAAACGGCAUCAAGAGAACACUGCAGAGUAAGACGUUGAACCAUACCAAGGGAUUGAAGACGAUGCUGAUGAUUGAUACAGUUCUCGCGGAUGAAACCGCUACCGCCCUGAGGUUGUUGGGAGUGAAGAAUGUUGCUGAGCUACGACCGAGACAUGUGAGUUGGUCCCCUGAUUUAGUGCAGCCAGGAAACUGGAAAGGUCUUGUGAUUGAUGAUGAUGGUCCAGGUCAAUACAAGCGCUCUGAAAACACGCCUUUUUGA